AUGGGUGAGAUGAUUCCACCGCCCGUGAAGAAAAUUUGGGACAAAUGGAACAUUCGUGCUGUCAUAAUACUCAGUCUCUUCCUCCAAACCAUCCUCAUCUUCUUUGCACCGAGCCGAAAACGCACAGCAAAGAAGCUCUUCCUCGUCCUCAUUUGGUCAGCUUAUCUUCUUGCUGACUGGGCGGCUGAUUACGCGGUUGGGCAAAUCUCAGACAGUCAAGAAGAAGCAGCUGACGAACAUUCCAAGAACCGUGAGCUGUUGGCUUUUUGGUCACCGUUCCUUCUCUUGCACCUCGGAGGUCCAGACGCCAUUACAGCACUCGCCCUGGAGGAUAAUGAGCUUUGGAACCGACACUUGUUCAGCCUUGUCUGUCAAGCGAUCGCUACUGUCUAUGUGAUCCUGUUGUCUACACCGAACAGGCUUUUGACUCCAACGGUGAUCAUGCUUGUGGGAGGAGUGAUCAAGUACGUCGAGAGAACAGCUGCGUUGUUCUCAGCGAGUCUUGACAAGUUCAAGGACUCUAUGCUACAGAAGCCUGAUCCUGGAGCUAAUUACGCGAAGCUCAUGGAGGAAUAUGACGCUAAGACGGAGAUGAAUAUGCCGACGGAAGUGAUCGUGAUGGAGGAUCCAGAGAAAGGAAGGGAAGGCAACACACCAGUUAUGCCUAGAAAUGAGUUGACUAACCUUCAAGUCGUUCAGUAUGCUUACAAGUACUUUAAGACCUUCAAAGGUCUCAUUGUUGAUCUUAUCUUCACUAAUAAACAACGCGACGAGAGCAGGAAGUUUUUCGACUUGCUGACCCCAGAAGAAGCCUUAAGGAUCAUCGAAGUCGAGCUCAGCCUCAUCUAUGAAAGCCUCUUCACCAAAGCAGAGAUUCUGCAUAACUGGACUGGAGUUGGGUUCCGGUUCAUAGCUUUGGGGUGCCUUGUUGCGUCUCUCUGUCUCUUUAGAAUGAAAAACGAAGAUCAGUACGAGGGAUUCGACGUCGCUCUUACUUACGCGUUGCUCAUCUGUGGAAUAGCUCUUGAUUCCAUUGCUCUUCUCAUGUUCUGUGUAUCUGACUGGACCUUCGCUAGACUGAGGGAUCUAAAGGAAGACGUGGACGAGGGGGACACCUGUGCAGACAGAGUUCUCAACUGGGUCCUCGGUUUCAGGGCGCUGAGGUGGAAAAGAUCCAAAUGUUUCCAGGACGGACAUGAAGUUCUCGACAGAAACUUUCUGUUCCGCAGAUGGUCCGAGUAUGUUCAUGCUUACAACUUGAUUGGAUACUGCCUCAAGAUACGUCCCAAGAGAAUCCAUCCUACAAAGGGUAUGAUACACAGUUUCUUUCAGAAGAUCAUUCACGUUUUGUCCAUAGAUGCUGUCAUCGACAAUGCCACCAGAGGAACGACGCAAUGUUUCAGGGAGAUAGAACAAGGAACUCGCCAGUUUCAUAAAUGGAACCCUGUAAGAUUGUUUCUGUUUCUCUGGUUCUCACUUCAACAUCUGCUUGGACGUAUGAUCGACGAAGUCCUAGACUUUUUCGGCACCAAAGAUUUGGUUGAAGAGAUAAGAUUCACAACGAGUGAUCGCCUCACCAGAGAACUAUGGGAGCUCAUAUUCACACAGGUGCAACACAAACACCGUUUCGCCGAAGACCAAGAAAGUGCCAAGGGUAUAUCUUCAGCUAGAGGAGACUGGACUCUAGUUGAAACAUCAAGCAAAAACAGAAAAGGCGGAUCAGAGUCAGACCACGCGAAGCUUCUUCGGUAUGUGACAGAUAAAGAUUACGACCAGAGCAUUCUGAUGUGGCACAUCGCUACAGAGCUCUUGUACCAAAGCCAAACAGACGCAAAAAUCACAGACAAGCAAAAACACACCAACAGAGAGUUCUGCAAAACCCUGUCUGACUACAUGAUGUACCUCCUCAUAAUGCAGCCCACGCUGAUGUCAGCUGUCUCUGGAAUAGCAAAGAUACGUUUCAGAGACACGUGUGCAGAAGCGAACGAGUUUUUCCAGAGGCGGCAUAUCGACAGAAGAAGAUACGAGAGAGACAACCUCGUGAGAGAAGCCAGCGAAGCUAUUCUCAAAGUCAACACUGAUGUUGAGCCUAUGGAUGUGAAAGGAGACAGAAGCAAAUCCGUGCUGUUCGACGCGAGCGUGCUUGCGAAGGAGCUGGAGAAAGAAGGAGAGAACAUGUGGGAGGUUGUGAGCAAAGUGUGGGUUGAGAUACUUUGCUACGCAGCAACUCACUGUGACUCCAAAGAGCAUGCUUCUCAGCUCAGCAAAGGCGGUGAGCUCAUCAACUUCGUCUGGCUAUUAAUGGCUCAUUUCGGACUCGGAGACCAGUUCCAAAUCAACAGGGAUGAUGCAAGAGCCAAACUGAUCGUGGCCAAGUGA